UUUUUUUCGUUAAUUUGACUUUUGAUGUUUUUUUCUUGAGCAUUUCAAUACCGUCUCAUCGAGUAUUGAAGUUCAUGACCAUUUAUUGCUUAUUCUAUCUCUUCAAAAAAGAUUAAAUCCGGAAAAAAGCAACAAAAAGGUAAAAAAGUAAAAUAAAAUCGUAAAAUAAUCAGCUAAAAAAGUAUUCCCCCAUUCGAGUAAUCUGUGUCACCUAUCCAUUCGCAAACAAAAAGAAACGAAUGAGCGAUGCGAGUUGCUAUUGACAACGGUCACAGCAAAAACACACAUUCUACAUAAAUAAACGGGAGGAAUGAAUGAGUUAGUGAGUUAGUUGGUUUAUUAUCUCUAUUUUGAACUUAAAGUGAAAAUUUCUUAAUUCCUCAAAAUGGAAUUGGAAUUGAAUCGAAUAGAUUAUUGUUCAGUUGGGGCCACGUUGCCGAAUUGCAUGAAAUUGAUACCAGCACCACGAUACAAGGAACAGCAACGAAUGGUUGUUGGCGAUCAAGAUGGCAUUGUUCAAUUGUUUUCGAUGAAAAAGGAGGAGAUGGUGAUUCACUUCAAAACCCUACCCGCCGAUAAAGUGCAGUCCAUUCAAUUGAGUGGCACACCUGGUACAAUACCCGAUAAAAUUUUUGUCGCCACCGAUAAUAAGGUCAAAGCAUUCAACAAAAAAGGGAAAAUAUUUCUAACAUUCACUUCGAACUUAACCGAACCAAUCAAAACGAUGUUUGUAUCGGGGAAUGAUAUGAUUUUGUGCGGAAAUCAUGUUUAUAAUCAUUAUCGGGAUUGUAAAGAUAUCGGCUCAUAUUUGUGCGGUGAUACUAUCGUUGAUGUGGUCGCAUUGUGCCCGAAUAAUACCAAUCGCAUUGUGACAGUGUUAGCAUGCUCUGGUCGAGUACUCCGUGUGCUCGAGCACUGUCGCGUUCGUCAGUCAAUUGAACUAGAAAGUGUACCGACGGUGUUGCACAUACCAAAAGGGUACAACGAUCGAUUGAUUUGCGGUAUGACCGAUGGUCGUGUGGUUUUAUUUCGAGUCGGGAAUUUUGUGAGUAAUUUCAAGGAGGAAACAUUGGUUGAGCCAAGUGAAAAUUCUAGUGCUGUGACUACGAUUGAUGCAUUCGAUUUAACGGGUGAUGGUAAAGUGGAAUUGAUUGUGGGACGACGAGAUGGAUCGAUUCAAGUUUAUAGUUUGCCAAGCGAAGAAAAUGCUUUCGAUUUAAGCGUGCGACAAAUUUAUAAUGAGAAUUUCAACGAAAGUAUCUCAACCGUUCAAGGCGGAACGAUCGACGCAAAUGGCUAUGUAGAGGUUGUGGUUUGUACUUAUACCGGUAGAAUAUUUGGUUUAAGCACACGAUGCCCGAAGAAAAUUUUAAGCGAUUCAAUGAUGAAUCAAGGCUUCGCCGGUGAUUCCAAUGCUCGAAUCGAAAAAUUAAAGGAGGAAAUUCGUGAUCUUGAAAUGAAGGUGCAACGUGAGCGCGAACGAUACAAGCUAUCAACUCAAACAUUAUCUGGUGGCUAUUCGGCCAUACCGAUGAUGCCCAUAAAUUCAGCGUUAAGUUUAUCCAAAGAAGACGCAUCGUACUCAUUGACAAUCGAAAUACCAGCACCAAUUGAGUUUGUAUUGCUGCAAAGCAACGCACCCGUUCAACUGAUCGAUGUGGAGAAAAGUUCGGCCGUCGUUAGUUUUAGCCGAUGUGAUCCGAGUGCCGGGAACUACUUAUUAGCUACGUAUCGCUGCCAAGUGGAUGUGAAUCGUUUGGAUUUGAAAUUUCGCACGAUCGAAGGGUAUCAAGGAAUAUUGCAAGCAUUUAUUACGCCAAAUAUUCAACCAAAAGUGUCUCAAUUGCAAGAGCAUCCAAUUAAACCGUUGUCGUUGCACAUGAGAAUUCAUUCGUUUGACAAUGAGCGACCACACAAUAAAUUAACUCUCAAGGGAUACUUCAGUCAUGCCGAAGCCCAUACCUGGAUUAGCAACUGCAUUCCUGAAGUGCCAGAAAAAUUGCAAAUCAUCAGCAAUGAGAGAAGUGUGCUGAAUUUCCGAAACGUUUUCAUCGGCAGUGAAUUGAUGUGUGAAUAUACAAAAGGAGAAGCAACAUUCAAAACGGAAAAUGUGACAACAAUUUCGAUUAUCAAGGACAUUCUGACAAAAGAAGCCACUAAACGGCGCACCAAAUUGGAGAUAUUGCUUGAUGUAAAUCGAGCAAGUGUGUCGUUUAUGAUUGGUCUAAUUGAACCUAAGCUCAUUGAACACAGUAAAAUUCACAAAGAAUACCAAAUAAUCGGCAGUCUAAUCGAUUUGGAUAUUCAAGACAACAGUGAACUAGAGUCGCUGGGCAAUGAUUUUGCUGAUGUGUUGGAGCGCAAGAAUAAAAUAAUCGAAACGUACAACCGCUCCUCGCAUAUGCUGGACCGUAUAAAAGCAAUCAUCAUUUGCAUUUACAUUGAUUACAACAAAUUGAGAGGGUCUGAGGUGAAACACAAAGUGCAUCUACUCGAUGAUCUUAUCAAAAAUUACAAUAACGAAACUUUAGUCAAUUUCAUAUUGGGCGUUACAUCUGAAGACCAUUUUCAGAUCUAAUAAACGGCAUCACGUCUAUGAAAUUGGUAUAAGAAAUGUAUGGAAUUAAAAGAUAUUAAAAUUUGGAGAAAAAAAACCGAAGAAUUGAUACACACAGGUUAAAAUUAAAACAACAACAAAAAACGAAGAAGAUUCAAAAGUAAAAAACCAAAUUAAAAGGAAUUGAAAAAGCAAAUAAAAAGUUCAAUUAAAAUUCAGAUGGACUUGAACAC